AUUUUUAUUUUAAUACAGUAGUACAUAGCAAAUUGAAAAAAGAAAAUCUUCAAUGCAUCUUCAAUUGUUACACAUAUGUAUGUACAUAAAAAUAUAAUUUGUAUAUGUUAAGUAUAAGCAAAAAAUGAUGGCUAUAUCGAAAUAUUUGUGUUGUUCAGAAAGCAAUAUAAUGCUUAAAUGCAUUAAGAGAGGAUAUAUUUCUAUGUCAAAUGGUUGUUAUAAACAAUUUGAAGCUUACAAAGGAAUUUCUAGAAACAUGGCUAAACUUUCGAAUAAGAGUUCGAAUUCGGAGCAAAUAGAAUCUUGCAUUGUAAGCAGCGGUAUGCGUCUUGUGUGUGAAUGCAGAAAUUCUUUCACCACCACCUUAGGAUGUUUUCUUCCAGCCGGUGCAAUGUAUGAAAUGCCCAAAGAACGUGGCAGCGCUAUAUUUUUAGAACAUUUACUUUUCAGGAGAACACAACAUAACAAUCAAGAACAACUAGAAAAGUUAUUAGGAGAGAUUGGUGGAAAAGUUGCUGCUAUUGCUAUGCGGGAUAUGUUUCUUUUUUAUGGAACAGUACUUCCACACGAAGUAGAUAAGCUUAUUCAAUUAUUUGCAGAUGUAAUAUUGAAUGGUAUUAUAUGUGAUGAAGAUGUUGAAAGGGAAAAGUGUGUAAUUCUAUAUGAACUUUCUAAAAUGGCGUUAGACAAGGAAAAAGUUGUAAUGGAUUAUUUACCUACUGUCGCGUAUCAGGAUACUGCCCUUGCCAAUGGUGUAUAUCCUGAAACUGAUACAAUAAAAAAAUUUUGUACAGAGAAUCUUAUUGAAUUUCGAGAUCGUUUGUUUAAAACAUAUUUUAUGACAAUGGUUUGUACUGGAUCCAUUGGUUUAGAAAAGUUUAAAAGGCUUGUUUGCAAACAUUUCACUAUUGAAGAAGAUGAUAAUGAAUUACCAAUAGAUCUUGCUAAUAACGUGCAGUCUUGUAUAGAAUCAUUUCAGUGUCGAUUUUCAGGUUGUGACUUGCGGCUAAGAGAUGAUGACGAGGAAUUAGGAUAUGUUGCUAUAGGAUUUGAAGGACCAAGUUAUAAAGAACCUGAAGAUCACCUUAUUCUUACUGUGGCUAAAGAAAUUGUAGGUUCCUGGGAUAAAAGCUGUAGUGGAGCAAGUCAUAAUGCACCAUAUAUUGCACACUGUGCAUUUAAUACAGAGUUUUGUUACAUGUACAAAUCUUUUUUUCACAACUGGGCACAGUGUACUAGUAUGUGGGGCUGUUAUUUUGUGUCUAAUAAAUUAGACCAAGAGAACAUGGUGGAUUUAUUGCAAAGAGAAUGGAUGAAAUUAUGUACAACAAUUACACAAAAGGAAGUACUUCGUGCUGUUAAUCAAUGUAAAUUGAAAGAUCUGAUUGUUCUGAGUGAUCCAACGAGUCGUUUUUUCGAUAUCGUUCAAUAUAUUUUUAGAUAUGGAUAUUAUGAACCGAUACAAAACAGAAUUUUAGAAUAUGAGAAAAUAACAACAGAUAAACUGAAGGAAACCUGUGAAAAAUAUAUCUAUGAUCAAAAUCCGACUGUUGUAGCAAUUGGUCGUAUUGAAAAUUUACCACACUACUAUGUAAUAAGAAAUGGAAUGUAUUUAUUGCGAUAUUGAAAUUUGUUUACAAAAAGUUCGAAUCAGAAAUUAUAAUAUUAGUGAUACUCGGAAUUCAUGAUUAUAAUUUUUGUUUUAGCAUGGCUUUUGUUUCUUUCCAUAAAGAAAGCAAUGCCUUAUCUUAUAUAUAUAUAUACAUAUACAUAUAUAUAUAUAUAUCCGUCCGUCCGUGUCACUUUUCAACUUGAGAAAUACUCUAAGUGGUCGCAGUUAAAAGUUACAGAGAUUUCAAUUUUUCUAUAAAAAUUCUGUAGGUCGCACAUUUUAGCUUCGGGGUCCCUAAUACCCCAGAUGCCAUGCGGUCGGUAUACAGUGU